AUGUCCCAGGAUGUCAGGAAGAAGCUCAAAGCCCCAAGGCUACGAGGCCACUAUGGCACUGGUAGCAACGGCCUGGCUGAGAAGCGGGAGAAGGUGGGCAGCGAGCUGCCAGAGGUGGACGAGAUGGUGGUCGUCAUUGAGCACUGCACCAGCUGUCGUGUCUACCGGCACAACGCCAUGGCCCUGAGCCAGGCGCUACGCCAGGAGGCCCCAGAGCUGCCCGUGAAGGUGAACCGCACCAAGCCCCGGAGGGGCAGCUUCGAGGUGACGCUGCUGCGCCCGGAUGGCAGCCGCGUGGAGCUCUGGACUGGAAUUAAGAAGGGCUCCCUGUGCAAACUCAAGUUCCUGGAGCCACAGGAGCUGGUGGUAGAGCUGAAGAAGCACCUCCCGUAGGACCAUACUCGCGCU